CGUUACUCUUGUAAUAAUCCAAGCCAUCACCUGCACCGUAAGAUACAUGAAGAAAACUUCAUGGCAUAGUCGAUAUUCCAAAGUAAUGUCUGGACACGGAUAUUCUCAUUCAUGACACUGUUAGGAGCAGACUUGACAGCCAACUCUGUGGAACUUGGGGAAUAGACCAAACCACCAUGGAAAACUACACCAUGGACUCCGAUGACUGGCCAGUGACAACAGAAUUUGACUACAGUGAUUCAACACCAUGCCCAGGAACUGAGGAAAAGCACUUUGCAGCACGACUUUUGCCACCACUUUAUUCUUUGGUGGUGAUAUUUGGCCUCACAGGCAACAUGCUCGUUGUCCUUAUCCUGGUAAAAUACAAGAGACUGAAGAGCAUGACUGACAUCUACCUGCUCAAUUUGGCAAUUUCUGAUUUGCUGUUUAUAUUUUCUCUCCCUUUUUGGGCUUACUAUGCUGUUCACGACUGGAUUUUUGGGGAGGCACUGUGUAGAAUUCUCUCUGGUGUCUAUCUCCUUGGCUUCUACAGCGGCAUCUUCUUCAUAAUCCUGUUGACCCUCGACAGGUAUCUGGCCAUAGUGCACGCAGUGUUUGCUUUAAAAGCCAGGACAGUUACCUAUGGCAUCCUCACCAGCACUGUCACUUGGGCUAUUGCAAUUUUUGCUUCUGUUCCUGGGAUAGUAUUUCACAAAACUCAGAGGGAAAAUUCCCAUUAUACUUGCAGCGCUCAUUAUCCAUCGGAGCAGAGAAAUUUGUGGAAGCAAUUCCUUACCUUAAAAAUGAACAUCCUGGGACUCGCUAUUCCAAUGUUAAUUAUGAUCUGCAGUUACACACAAAUUAUAAAGACAUUACUGCAAUGCAGGAAUGAGAAAAAACAUAAAGCAGUCAGGCUUAUUUUUAUCAUCAUGAUUGUCUACUUCCUUUUCUGGGCACCAUACAACAUCUGCAUUUUCUUGCGUGAUUUUCAAGGCGCGUUUUCCAUCACUACUUGCGAAGGCAAUAGUCAACUACACAAAGCAACACAAGUGACAGAAACAAUCUCAAUGAUUCACUGUUGCAUCAACCCUGUAAUUUAUGCCUUUGCUGGAGAAAAAUUUAGGAAGUAUCUUCACAGCUUUUUCCGAAAGCAGAUUGCAUCCCACUUCUCUAAAUACUGUCCUGUUUUCUAUGUUGACCCAGCCGAACGGGCUAGCUCCACCUAUACACAAUCUACUGGAGAACAAGAACUUUCUGCUGCAUUAUAAGUUGUGUCUAACAAAAAAAAAGUGGAACUGACUUUUGUGAAAUCGAGUCUAUGAUGAAAGCCUGCAGAAUUUGUCCUGGAUAUAGACUCUAAGGCAGCUGAAAAGAUCACAGAAUACACAUUUACCAAAGCUUGUAUUUGCUCCUACGUUUGGGUAUUUAGCUACCUAGACAUGCUAAUGUGGGAUUCUGUAGGGAAACAAAAUGUUCUCUCUUUUGUUGUGAAUGGAAAAACAUAGUUUUGUACUAUAGUGCCCAAAACCACAAAGAAGCUGAAAGCCUAAGCCAGUAGGCUCAGAAAGUGCUUUUUUUUGAAGUGAACUAGAGGUUGGAAAAUGACACUGGUUCCUUGGAAACAUCUCUUGACUGUACCUUACAGGAGAUAUCUCACUCAUUUAAACUCAGUCUCAGUCACAUCUUUUACUAGCCUGGUUGCGUAUCUCUGUAAAUAAUGCUAAAUUACUGAGGUCUGUGGUACAGAAUCUUUACAAGUGGCAUGGGAAAACUUUGUACAUUUCUAAGAGAUUCUGAUAUUUUAACUUACGUUCCCUUUUGUGUAUAGUCGAGCACCAACCUCACGGAUCUUUCUUACAAUAGUUCUAACUACUAGGUGUUGAUAUCUGAGUGACUUGGAAGUUUGAUAUUUCAGAAGGCUCUCUACUAAUCAACUGCUGGUUUAUAUGCUAUUCAUACUAAAAAGCUAACAUAAUGACCUGUCACUGACCAAAAAAAAAAAAAGAGAACCAAUGUGUUUACAGUAUUUUAAAAAGAAGGUAUUGCACACAGAGGUUAGAUUAAAUGUGAACGAUGAGUCAACAGGGUUUUAGCUUUCUAGUGCAGUGAUUUUGUUUGCCAUUUUUCUAGUCUACAUAAGAGAAACUUGAUUUUGAAAAUGAAACUUUGUUUUCAAAAGAAAAAAAAAAUGAAUGCUGUCAUAAUAGCUUCAAAACUACAAAAGCAUUAGAGGUGUGAAAAUAAUUUCUGUACAGUGCUGACCCAGAUGUUUUUAGAGACAGAUAAAUGCUAUAAACUUUAAGUUACCAAAAUAUAUAAGUAAAAAUAUUCACUGUUUUACAGAUUCAAGGGCAUAGAGCAUCUCUUUUUUGGUUUUAGAAGUAUGUAUCAUUUGGGGGCUAUGACAAUAGCUUUUUUUCCCCUGCUAUUUAGAAGCUUUACAGAAAACAAACACUUCCAUAUUGAGUAAGAAUGAAGCUCGGGUUCUGCAAAGCACUUGAACACAUGCAGAAGAUGAAAUAAAUAUCAGGAUACCCAUGUGCUUAAGAUCACACCAUCGUCCUGCUACUGACUGAUUUAGGCCAAGCUUUCCUUUCUAGCAUUUCUUCUAUUCCCCCCAACCCCCAAGACAUACGAUUCCGGACAACUUUGGAGACAGGAAAUUAAAAGUGAAUCUUUUGAUUGUUAUUCUUAUCCAGCAAGGCAAUUUCUGUUUCCCAACUCCUCUAGAUAGCCCUUCAAAGAAUAUUUUCAAAGAGGCAAAUGUUUCAAACAGCCCCAAGGAGAUUCUACAUUGCCAAGUGCUUGUGAAUGCACAAAGUGAAACAGGGAUAUCUUUGCCUAUCAAACCACUUGGUUUAAGCUAUUCAGUUUUGUCAUAUUAAGCAUUGAUUUUGGACUACACUCAUAUGGAAAGUAUAUUACAUAUAUACUAAAAAUAUACCACACCUUCUAGUUUACAAGACUUUAAGCUGCAUACCCUUUUUAAAGAUCCUUUGCAUCAUUUACUUUCUGGACUUUCUAGAUGCUUUUAAAUGGGUAAAUAUGUGAGUAUAAACAGAAAUUAAGUAAAUUCAGCACAAAAUGCAAAUAUAUGCAUUUAUUUUUUAAAGACAUAGGAAGCUACAAGCACACAAAUAGCCUGGCUUUCUUUUUUUUUUUUUUUUGUACUCUUACAUUAUAUUCUGCUUUUGACAAGAACUUUCAUUUGGCCCUGAUGACAUCUUGCUUUAAGAAGUUACUGUCUCUGGAAGGCUUUGAUGUCAGGCAGGGUAUCUGUCUUGACCAGCCCAACAGGAGUAAAAUACAACAACCAAACAUACAUGAGCACCCUGACAGACUUUCUGAGAGGCACGUCAAAAAGCAGCUCCAAUCCUUUGCAACAUUCUCUUCUACAAUGUGGAUCUUUUAAAACAACAAGCAGCUUCUGAAGAGGUGGAACUUAGUGAUUGGAAGCCCAGUGAAUCAGCAGAUUACCAAGAGUGUCUGUCACCUCACUGAGAAGGAACCACACUUCAUCGAGUAUCAACAAGUCAGAUUUCAGCUACUGAAGCAAACUGUGAUCCACAUCAAGGAGAGAAUAGAAAACACGGUAUUUGGUAGCACUGCUGGUGAAUUCAAUUAAGGAUUAUGGCAAUAACAAUUUGUAUUAUACACUCCAUUAAAGCUGAUUAACUGUU